AUGCUCGCCCAAUUAGCAGGUUCUGGUGGGAAAGGGCAACCCGUCUCCAAUCCCUACCCUCUGCUUAACAUUGUCGACCUGGAAGAUCCGCCCGAGAAUUGGAGGCUGUGUGGGAAGAAAAAGACGACUUACUUGGGUGUCCUUGCUCACAGAAUUCUGAACUGGAACGCCUUAUUGGCUUUUCACGGCUGGGGGUUCGUAUACGACGCUACAUAUGACAGUGUCCUGAGGAUAAAACUUGAAGUCCUGUUCAAAAUAUUCUACAACCAAGCACCUGGCCACCAACCAUGUACCAUGGAAGAAAUGUUCGACUUCUCCAGAGAUGCGGGUCCUCGUCUGUUGAAUCCUGAAAAAGAUAUACCAUGUUUAUAUCCUAUCAGCAGGCGUUAUCCGCAUCCCCCGGACCCUGAUACUGCUUUGGUCAAUGAUUACCAUCGACCCCAGAUGGCCCCAUCUUUGCUUCCGGAUGUGUACAUACAACAAAUGCUUUUGCCUGUUAAUGUGGGGGGCCAAGCUUCCGAUUUCGAUCCUCGUGGAAUAGCGCCUGAUAUCCAUACCCCCAACGGCCCUCGUAAGCGUACCGCCACGAGCACCGUCAAGAACUCUCGAAAGGGCACCGUCAAGAGUCCUCCGAAGAGCCCCCGCAACAAGAAAAAUGAAGAACCAAGUCCCAUGCAUAAGUCCACGAUGUCUCCGAACAACGACCAUAUGAUGAAUCUAACUGAAUCGAGGAUUACUACCGAUGCUCUUUCCGUUAUUUAUACAAAAAUGUAUGGCCAUCUCACUCCAAUUGCUAAAACGCAGAUGGGCUCCAUGGAUGUUGCACAUAAUGAUUUUGGGGCUCUUGAAACUAGGCCUGUUACGCCGUCGACUAAAGGACCUGCUAUUCCUAGCCUUUCAGCAGCGACAAAGGAUAUUAUGGCUUCAAGUUUUAGGGGACAUGAAUCUGCCAAUGCGGCACCUCGGACCCCACCGUCUGUCACUGAAGAGGUAGAGCGUGCGGUUAUGAGGGUUGCUUACGCCGACCUCGAGCGUCAUCCAACUGCUUCCUCUCGAAAUAUUGCAAUGCCUCAUUUUACGGCCUCAUCGGAGGACACUUUGACAAGACCAAUCAUAAGUGUAAUCCCAGCAACAGCCGAGGUUCAAUUCAUCUGCGACCCCCGGCUGUACGAGGGACUGACCUUUUCUCCGCGCCUGCAAGGUUACCCUUAUAGAGGUCGAGGCCCGGUUUGGGACAACUUUUCGAGUGCUGUUGACUGUGUCAUUGUGGCAGGGCGACUGCUCGAUGCCGGGUCUACCAAUAUCGAUCGUAAUACGAAGGAGUGGUGGAAGGGCUUCACACUCGCGGAGCGUGCGUUCAUUGAAGCGACAGAUCCUAUGUCCUCAUUCUGGAAACUGGUAGCACCGUUUGCUGCAGUUUCUCAGGGAGAGUCCAUUGAUGCUAUUCGGUCUAUCUGGGCCGCGUGUACAAGAAGCUUCAAGCAGUUUCAGUUCUCCUACACCGAAAUCAUGAAUCCCUGCCGUUGCGGAAAUAACCACGCUGCCGCCUCCGAGGUUACGAGAUCUUCUGUGACCCCGAACUUACUUCCGGGUCAGAUCCACCGCGUCAAGGACAUGCGGGUUUUGCUAUCCCUGGCGUUCAACCCCAAAGUCAAGUACCCCUGCACGCAGUGUGCCGCUGGGGCCAGAUAUUGCCUGCGACUUUUCAAAAGCCUUCCCAUGCGUUUGGUUGUAGAGCUUGAUGGACACUCCUUCGUUCGGAACCACACCGACGAUAUCACUUCCGAGUAUCAGGAUAGAGAGGGUUACUUUCGACAGGCCACCUAUCGCUGGAUAGGAGGUGUAUAUCUCAAUGACGGUCGCAUGUACCUCUGCUGGAACAAUGCCAAGCGAGGGGAGCAUGAUGGGAAAAACACGCUGCGCGUGUACGAGAGCCGUACAAACUCUGGUGUCAUCUUCGGAGGCCUUUCCCCAGCCAAUCCGGCGGAGAGAGUACCCGAGAUAUACUGGAAAGCCCAGCAGGUGCCCUUGCUGUUCUAUGAACGGGUGAUGAACCCCGACCCAUUAGUGCUCGAUGCGGCCCAGCGAACGAUCCGCCAAAUGGCGCAAGAACAUACGACAGGCAAGCUCGUUUUACAGCGGGAGAAAGGAUGGACACCGUCUGCACCCCUCAAGGGCCCGGGUGAAUACCCAUGGCCAUCAAUGAUGCCUGGCAGGUGCUUCGAUGAAAGCUGCAAAGGCACUGGCUUGGCCGUCGGACCCGGUGGUCAAGGAUUCAAGCUACCGCCGCCCGCAUCUUCUACUGACCCAGCUGCCAAUAAACCCCAUCCAUGUCGCGAGACUUCUGUCUUGCAGGUAAAAAACCCUAACAAAUAUUGUGAUUAUGACAACGAUGAUUGCCCAGAAGCAGUGUCCACUGCCCCCUCCUUCAACGACAGCCAUACACUCGCAAUAAGUACUCCGGGAUCAAGGCCCUCUUUCAACCUCUCUAAUGUCAACCUCAAUCUCCCGAGGAACGUACCAGGUAUUCAGCGAAAAAAUUCUACGCGGCGGAUUCAAAAGCCACCGCGAAAGCCGCGGAAGUGGACCUGAUCCAUCUCGGGACCUGGCCUUUUUUGCCUUGGGAGUUCGUUCGAUUUCCGGGGACUUAGGCUUUUCAGUUUUGCUAUAUAGAUAGUAG